GUGUGGGGGAGAUUGCGAGCCAAGGACCGUCACAGUGGAUUACGAACUGGCGGCUAUCAACGCUUUCAGGGCGGUCUUCCCAAGCGCCGACGUGCGCGGGUGUUUUUUUCACCUGUCGCAAUGUGUCUACCGCAGACUUCAGUCGGAAGGACUACAGGAGCUGUAUGCUUUUGACCCCGACAUAAACCUGGAAGCUCGCAUGAUCCCAGCUCUUGCAAUUGUGCCCCAGGACGACGUGGAGGGGGCAUUCACCGAGCUUGCGUCCAGCAUCCGCGCAGAACUUCUCCCGGUGGUCGACUACUUCGAGGAUGUGUUUAUUGGGCGGCUAACGGCACGGGGCAGAAGAGAUGCGCAGUUUCCAAUUAAGCUAUGGAACCACCACGACACCGUUCUCCAGGGCGGCUCCAAGACCACGAACUCAGUGGAAGCCUGGCACCGGAGCUUCCAAGCUCAUGUUCAGUGCUCGCACCCAACUCUCUGGAGAUUCUUGGAGGUGCUACAACGAGAAGACGCCCUGCAACUUCACCGGCUUGGAAGACUCGAGAUGGGCCAGCGCUUCAAGCAGGCCUCGAAAUACGCGAAGGCUGCAGAACGGUUAAAGACACUUGCUAGAGAAUACGACGCUAGUGAUGUGCGACGCUUCCUUAGGGGAGUUGCCCGCAACGUGUCGUUCUAGGUCCCGGGCCAUGUGCCUUUUGUAAAUAAA